AUGGUUUCUCCUAAAGAGGCUGAAGAGGGAAACAUUGAAUACAAGCUGAAGCUGGUAAACCCCACGCAGUAUCGGUUCGAACAUUUGGCCACGCAGUUGAAAUGGCGACUGCAGGAGGGUCGCGGGGAGGCCGUGUAUCAGAUUGGGGUGGAGGAUAACGGUCUGCUGGUUGGACUCACAGAAGAAGAUAUGAAAGCCUCGCUUAAGACUCUUCGCAGAAUGGCUGAGAAGGUUGGAGCCGAUAUCACGCUCCUGAGAGAGAGGGAGGUGGACUGCGAUAGAGCGCGACGGAAAAUCGCUGAAGUUCUUGUGCGGAAAGUUCCAGAUGACCAGCAGUUCCUGGAUCUCCGUGUGGCUGUUCUGGGUAACGUGGAUUCAGGGAAGUCAACUCUGCUGGGGGUGCUGACUCAGGGUGAGCUGGAUAACGGACGGGGCAGGGCCAGGCUCAACCUCUUCAGACACCUGCAUGAGAUUCAAACCGGACGGACGUCCAGCAUCAGUUUUGAGAUCCUGGGAUUUAACAGCAAAGGAGCGGUUGUAAACUACAGUGACUCCCGUACAGCAGAGGAGAUCUGUGAGAGCUCUUCUAAGAUGAUCACUUUUAUUGACCUGGCUGGUCAUUAUAAGUACUUGAAGACCACUAUAUUUGGCCUGACAAGCUACUGCCCAGACUUUGCCAUGCUGGUGGUGGGAGCCAAUACUGGCAUUGGUUUGUAUUUAUGCAUAUAUAUUUAUAUUCUGGCCGAUAUUAAAAUGGCUGCACAGCAGUUUGCACAAUCCUCCAGUGUGACGCCCAUAUUCACCCUCUCCAGUGUGUCUGGGGAGAAUCUGGACCUUCUGAAGGUAUUUUUCAACAUUCUUCCUCCUCUGAGCAACAGUAAGGAGCAAGAGGAGCUCAUGCAGCAGCUCACGGAGUUCCAGGUGGAUGAGAUUUACAGUGUUCCUGAUGUAGGAACAGUAGUUGGUGGAACACUGUACAGUGGUGUGUGUCGUGAAGGAGAGCGGCUGGUUGUGGGUCCCACCGAUGAUGGGCGGUUCCUGAGGUUGAAGGUGUGCAGUAUCCACCGGAAUCGCUCCGGCUGCCGCGUGCUAAGAGCCGGACAGGCCGCCACACUUGCACUUGGGAACUUUGAUCGCUCAUUACUACGAAAGGGCAUGGUCAUGGUGAGUCCCAAAAUGAACCCUACAAUUUGCUGGCAGUUUGAGGCCGCCAUAGUCCUCCUGUUCCACGCCAAGACUUUCCGCCGUGGUUUCCAAGUCACAGUGCACGUGGGGAAUGUAAGGCAGACCGCCACGGUGGAGUGUCUCCUUGGAAAGGUGUAG